AUGGCAAUCUCCCCGGACCUCAACGGCGUAACCAUCGCCCUCACCAUCGACAAGCAAGCCCUCCCCGAACAAGACUUUCCCGACCUUGACCCCGAAGAGCGCACCGUGAACCAUCUAGUGCAAGCACGGUCACAGCAGAUCUUUAAGGUUCAAAUGACAGUCGCUCCAGACACCGUCUUCAAAGGUUCCGAGCUAGCCUUCAAAGUCUUCAUCGACGGCCGACAGAUCGACGAGCCUCUCGUCGAAGCGGGCGUCCUCGGCAUGGGGUUUGCGUUCACAGAGACUAGUCUUGGCUCCUACGUGAGCUCGACGAUGGUGAGGAAGUAUCAAUUCACCGAUAUCAGCACCGCAACAAAGCCACUCCAUCUCUUCGGGUUCCAAGUCAGUCCGUAA